AUGGUGCACCCACAGGACUCAGUGUUGCAGUUCCUUACCCAAUAUGAGUACAUAAUGGAAACAAUGAUUGAGAAGGAGUAUCGAGAAGCAGCAAAAGGUGAAACGACAAAUCCACUGUUGUGGGGGAGGUCUCAAAUUGAGAAGCAAGUAUCUAAGUUCUACACUAGAAGUAUAUUCUUCAAAUUUCAAGAGUUGCUGCGUGAUUCCACGGCAUUAACUAUAGAUUCGAUUGCUAAAGAGGGAAGCCAAAUGACAGUGCAGGUGUUGAAACGAGUAUACAAGGAAGGUGAGGUGACAAUGAAAACAUACAAUGUUGCUGCGAAUCAGGGGUCUGAAACAUACACUUGCUCUUGCAACAUGUUUGACCAAGAUGGUCUCCUGUGUCCUCACAUCCUGAAAGUCUUUACUACAUUUGAUGUGCAACAUGUACCACAAAAGUAUCUGCUGCACAGGUGGUCUGAAGAAGCUACGCUGAAAGUUCCUCAACAUUUGUCAGGUCCUGAACCAGUGUUUGGUGUUCCAGAGACAAAUAAGCUGAGGUACAAUGCAUUGUGUAGGAAAAUGAUACAGCUGGCUGCUGAUGCUUGUGUGGGUCCAGAAGAGUACAUGGGUGCAAAGGAGGUGGAGAGAGGGGUGAAACAAACAAAGUUCAAGAACCCUCCAGCAAAAGAUCCACAAGGGAGGCCUAGGGACAAGGUUGACCGUAAGAAGACCAUUGUACAACAAGUGAAAGAAAAAGCAAUAAAGAAGAACAAGUCCAAGGCUAAGAAAGACAAAGCCAAAGAGUCGGUGUGCUUGGUAUGCCACGAAGAAGGCCACGGUGUGGAGACGUGCAAGUUCUUAUCGGCAGCAAUGCACCUAAGGGACACAGAGUUAAAGCUGUAG